AGCAUUUUGUUCUGCGGUGAAUUCACGUGUCUAGACUUUGUGUGAGGUUAAUUGUUUAAACAUGGCCAACAUAUUGGAUGUUGCUACACCGAACAAUCUAGAAUACCAGUUCUUCCCGGUAUCCAGUGGUUCUGUACAAUUCAAAGUACGGGCACCCCAUGAUGCACACAUCGCUCUCACUAUGGGACCUCAAGAAUUAGACCCCAUGUAUGAGAUCUUCAUCGGUGGUUGGGGAAACACAAAAAGUGUGAUCCGUAGAAACAGAACAAAACCUGAUAAAGUAGAGAUCAAUACGCCUGAAAUACUGAACGGCGGUGAAUUUCGAGGUUUUUGGGUGCGGUGGGACAGUGGUGUAGUUUCAGCUGGACGGGAAGGCGAAUCGAUUCCAUUUAUCUCAUGGGCAGACCCGGACCCUUUUCCUAUUAGCUUCGUGGGUGUUUGCACUGGUUGGGGGGCAUCAGGGACUUGGAAAAUUGAAGAUGGAGCUGAGUUUGACACUGUGGACAAGUUAGAGUACAAGUUUGGUCCAGUGGCAGCUGGUUCCCUCGAAUUUGAUUUUCUCGGUCCUCAUAACUGUCACAUUUGCCUCGCGCCAGCACCGGCUGAAGUUGAUCCGAUUUACGAAAUUAUUCUCGGAGGAUGGGAAAACAGCAAAUCUGUUAUAAGACACUGCAGACAAAAACCCGACAAGGUGACGGUCCCCACUCCGGGUAUCAUGAACGCAAAUGAGCCCAGAAAGUUUUUGAUUGAAUGGCGUUGCGGAACUAUUGCGGUGAGGGAUGGAAAAACAGGCCAAGUGCUCAUGGAGUGGACGGAUCCCGCGCCAUUCCCUAUUACGCAUUUCGGGAUUCGAACGGGAUGGGGCGCGCAAGGACAAUGGCGAAUUGUUCACUUCUAUAAAGCUGGAGAGCAGCAACCUCUUCAACCUCCCCCAGCCGCAGCUCCCCUCUACAACAACCCUCCAGGAUACCCCAGUGCUCCCCCUAUGGGUGGCGGAGGUGCAGGUGUCUGGGUGACUGCGUCUUCUGGUCAGGUUCCUCCAGGAGCUGUUGUUGGAGGAAACGAUUGUUCCGGCGAACCAUUAUACGUGGCUCGCGCUCAACAUGAAUCUAACGCUAUUAUACCCGGGAAACUAGUCGCUUCACAUGGCUGUGCUUAUAUUCCAUGGGGCGGCCAGGAACACGGAAAAGCGGAGUACCAAGUCUUAGUUGGCGGUCCGAACAACUGGGUUCCAACCAACGGCUCCAACAUACCCCCUGGAGCAUUCCCGGGAGGUGAAUCUGAAGACGGGGAACCUCUGUUCAUCGGCAGGGUUCGUCACGAAGGCAGCAUCACAACCGGAAAAGUACAACAGUCACAUGGAGUCUGCUACAUUUCUUUCGCAGGACAGGAACUGGGUUUUCCUGACUAUGAGAUUCUCAUGUCUUAAACGUAGGUUCUGUCCACUGAUGCAUUUUAUAUAGAUGAAAAGAAUUAUCGCAGUUACUAAUUUAUAUUGCAUAUUGAUAUAUUAUUUUUACACUGCUUUAUGGAUGCACUCAGGACUUGAUGUCGUCCUAUAUAAACGUUGAUUAAAUUAUUAUUAUUAAA